AACCUCUGACCCCAGGAUCAUCAUCUUUAAUUCUAAUGUCUGUUAUUCGCACGGGUUUGCCCGAAAGUGUAGAUAAUAGCAAACGAUACCGAAUGUAAUUGCAACCUUCAUAUGUUAGUAUCUUAUUUUUCACUUUAGCUGGCAUGUUUUUAUUAACACUCGCAGUACUACUCAAACCAACGUGUAGCAAGUUCUUAUGUUAUUGUUUCCUUAAAAUGGCACUGUCAAGGAAAAAAGUAUUUGUUACUGUUGGUACAACCAAAUUCGAUGAAUUAAUUGAAAUAAUUCUUAGCACAGAAAUUUUAGAGGCAUUGUCAUUGAAGAAGUACAAUGAGCUAGUUUUACAAAUUGGCAAAUCUACUCUUAUACCAGAUUGUACACCACGAAAUGGUUUCAUUAAAAUUGAAUAUUUUAAUUUGAAUUCGAAUAUAUCGGAGUAUGUAAAAGCUGCAGAUCUUAUCAUAAGUCAUGCAGGAGCAGGAAGUAUUCUUGAUGCUCUGGAGAAUAAAAAAGAUUUGAUUGUAGUUGCAAAUAAAAGUUUGAUGCAUAACCAUCAACUGGAAUUAGCAGAGCAACUUUGUACAGAUAAACAUUUAUAUUAUAGUUCCUGCGAAACUUUGUUAAAUACUAUCCAAAUUAUGGACUUUUCUCAAUUAAAACCAUACAUUAAUAACAAAAGCGAACAUAUCGCUGAAUUUAUUGAUCAAAUAAUGGGAUUUUCAAAUAAAACAUGAUGUUUGGAAGAUUUUAAUCAUAUUAUAAUAUAAUUAUAAGAUAUUUUAUUUGUUAAAAACGAGGAUAUCAAAUGAACAAUUAAUAUAAUUUUAUGUAUUUCAGUUUCUAAACAUGACUUACAAUAUGAGUAUAUAUUAUAAUUGUUAUUAGUUAUAACAGAUGUAGUUUUAACGUAAUUUACAAUGGGAAGAUUCUCUUAAAUAAUUAUUUCAUAAAAUUAUGAUUUAGAGUUAUAAUAACAUAGAAAAAUUUAUAAUUUCAAGAUGAAGAAAAUCGUGACGGAGUAAUGGCAGUUAAUAUUUCAUUCUAUGUUAUCCCUGGAUAUUUGUUAUUGUUAAAAAUAAAAACUACAUCGAUAGAAAUAUUUUAUAAACACUGUACAGUGUUAAAAUAAAUUCAGUUCUUUAAAAAAAAUGUUCCAGUGCCUUUCUGUAAAUUUGAUGUUCAGGAAUAAAAUAGUUUGACAAAUUUUUACAACAAUGAGCAUAGUUCCUUUUUUUAAUCAGACAACUUUGCAUGUUUUUAUGCAUUAUAUUCUUUCGUUUUUUAAAUUAUCGCAGAAUUACUUUCAAUUUAUUUUGAGGAUACAUGCACAUGAGGCAAACUACAUAUCUUUAUAGUGGCGUGUUUUUAAUUGCAGACUAAACCGAGACGGGUCAUUUCUUUUAAAAGUUCAUUUCCCAUUUGUGCGGGACUCCUUGUUACUAUUACACCAGCCUGUAA